AUGCAUAUCUCUAUCUACUUUGGUGCGCUGCUUCUGGCGCCGCUCUCCGUCUUUGCCAGUCCAAACAUCGCCUUCGAUACCAACACCAAUAUUCUCCGUCGGGAUACUAUUACAAUCAUGACUCCCGUGGAAAGAGGCGUGAGCCCUGCACAUGUCCUAGCCCGUUCGCCACGACCGGACUCGGACGAUGAUGAUUAUGACUGCGCCAGCGACCAAAUUAAAUGCGGAGAUGCCUGUUUCCCAGACUCAUAUAGCUGCUGCCCUAACGAUUUCUCCGGUGGCUGCCCUUCGGACAAAGAAUGUCGGAAGAGAAAUGGGCGAUAUGGUUGCUGUGAUGAUGAUGACGAAGAUCGCUGUCGCUUCGACGAUGAUGAUGGCGAUAGUAUCUUUGAUAAAGUUGAUGAUUUUGGUGAUGAUGUGAAGGACAAGUGGGAUGAUUUCUGGGAUAAUUCGGGUCCUACUUUGAAGCCAGAAUUGGGGGUCCUAGGAUGCCUCGCUGGGGUGGCCGCUAUCAUCAGCCUAUUUUUGAUGUGA